CAAGCACCCACUGACAAGCACACAUUUCAACUUUUCUAUCAUGUUUCGCGUAGGCAAUUCUGACUCGAUAGCAAGUAAACCCACAAACUUCCUGCCAGUUCUACGGGCGAAGUCGGCGUUCAAAGGUCUUGUUUCAAUUCCAAAUGAAACACAGGGUUCCAGGGAGGAAAAGAAUAGCUUUAUAAGAAGCAGGUUCAGUUACAAGGAAUGUGUCAGGUUUGUGGCCGAUCCGAAUAAACCUAGGAGGCCAGGUGGAUAUAUUGCCUGCUAUUGCGGAGAACUGGAAUAUAAACACUAUAAAGAUCAUAAUGUUAAAAGAAAUCAUGAUAUUAAAUGGUUGGAAUCACAGGAUAUCAAGGUUAUUGGGCCUACAAAUGCUUUUGGACAGGUUGAGUUCUCGGACUCACACAUUCAAAAGCCAGCAGAAUUUGUCCGAAUAUCAGAUGAAGAUAGACUAGAGGAUGUUAUGACACUGAUCAAGGAUCACUGGAAAAUGAUGGAACCGGAAAAACCAAAUCUGUGCAUAUCUGUCAUCGGUGUAGCAAAUGAUUUUUUUCUUGAAGGACACAGAAAAGAUGUUUUUUAUUCAGGUUUUCUUCAAGCGGCUCGAAGCACCAAGGCUUGGAUUCUAACAUCUGGAUUAAAUUUCGGUGUUGCAAAAAUUGUCGGGAAUGCUUUACAAGACCAAAAUUUCUAUUUCGAUAGAUAUGAAGCGUCUGGAUCUCUUCGUUGCCUUGGAAUUGCUCCAUGGGGUUACGUUUUUAAUCGAGAAACGCUCAUUUCUGAGGAACAUGAUAAACCCAUACGAUAUGAAGUAUCAGAGUAUGUCGCUGCAGACACUCCAGUUUAUUUGAACCCAAAUCAUACACAUUACGUGUUUGUGGAUGACGGUUACCGUUUAAAAUAUAGUGGGAGUAAAUCGGCUGAAUUUCGAGCUAAACUGGAACAAAAAAUUGCUCUUCCUAUAGAAGGAGGUGGUUUUGGUAUCCCAGUUGUCCUAGUAGUUGUAGAAAUUGAUUACAAUGUAUGUAUUGAUGUUAAGAAUAGUAUAGAGAAAAAUGUGCCGGUGGUGAUUUGUUCGGGUACUGGACGAACAGCCCGUCUUUUUGAAUUAGCCGUGGAUUACCAUUCAAAUUAUGAUGAGUUUCAAGGCUUUUCGGAGAAAGAAAUAUCAGAACUAAAACGAUUAAUAAUUCCUGUUUACGGUGACCUAGGUAAAGUUCAUGACAUUGUCAAAAUGAUUGAAUUUAUCGUACAAAAGACACAGUUGAUUACUAUCUUUGAUAUGAGUCAAUCAAGUGAUUUAGAUUUAGCUAUCCUAUCGGCAUUGAUUAAAGCAUCAUCCAAUUCAGACAAGCAAUUGGAGUUGGCAUUUACCUGGGAAAGAAGUCAUAUUUUGGAGGAGAAAAUAUUCCGAGAAGGUCAGAAAAUUAAACUAGAAACUUUAGAGCAUUACAUGCUGAAAGCAUUAAAAGAUGAUAAACUUGAAUUUGUCAAAAUUCUUCUACGAAAUGGUGUAACAAUGAAAACAUUUUUAACUGUUGGUCGACUGCGAGAGUUGUACAAUGAUUCGAAUCGGUAUGAUGGGUUUUUAAAAUGUCUCAAGAAAAAUAAUUUGUCUCCUCCAUCGACGAACAUUUCUCAUGACAAAAGGACUGGCCAUACUGAUGCAAAUAUGCAGACUGCUAAGAAAGCAUCUGACCAUAUAGGUAUGACGUCAAGAAGUGUAGUAGUUCCUGUCUCUACUGCUGGAGGCUCUAAUAAUACAGGAGAGACCACGAGUUCAUCACAUAUUCAGAUACGGCUGCCCAUCAUAAACAAGCUUUUGGAUCGUAUGCUGGGAAACUUUGAAAAUUUAUUGUACGAAUCUGAUAACGAAACUAUGCAGUUUAAAACGAAAAUAUGGUCUAGGAUAAUUGGCAAAGUCUUUCCUUCACCAUUUGAUGAAUUAUUCCUGUGGGCUGUGCUUCAUCAGCGUCAACAAAUGGCUUUGUACUUCUGGGAAUGUAGCGACAAUCCUCUCAUCUUAGCAUUGAUUGGAUGUUGCCUGUACUCAAAUAUGAUUGAAUCAUUGCCUGCCUACGAUACAGAAACUAGAGCCUUAUAUGAAUCAUAUGUAACUGAAUUUGAAAGAGUAGCUGUUCGUUUGUUAGACCUAUGUUAUGAAACGGAUGAGAAACUGACAUUGGUUUUGCUGGAACGUGAAGCAUAUUUAUGGGGUCACUUCAACUGUAUGCGUUUAGCAGCUCAAUCUGUUCGACGCAAAUUCAUUAGUUGUAUUGCUUGUCAAGACUCUCUUCAUUAUGCUUGGCAUCAAGGCAUACGCGUCAAUAUAUUCAUUUUGUUAUGUGCUUUGCUAUGCCCACCUCUUUUAUUCUCUGAUCGUUUAUUACAACUGGAAACUAAACCUUCAGUUGUUGAUGAAUCACAGAGCACUGGUGGAUCCAGAAGUAAUAAUAAUAACUAUAAAAGGAAUAACAACAAUGCUGAUGACCAUCUUCAAGAGAAAUUUACUGAAUGUGACAAAAUCAAGUGGAAAUUUCGUGCAUUUUAUAGUGCUCCAAGGACCAAAUUUGCUUACAAUGCUGUAAUAUAUGUUCUAUUCGUCCUAUUCUUUUCGUAUACCCUUAUGUUCGAAACACUGCCAGAUAGGAUUUCAAUUUAUGAGUUUGCUGUCAUCACUUAUUUCGCCGCCAUGCUUAUAGACCUAAUAAGACAGAUUGUUAAAUCGCAUGAUGAUAGAUAUGAACAAUUUCAUUUACGAUGGAAUCAUAACUAUUGGAAUAAAUCUGAUCUACUUUUAGUUGGUUUAGCCUCAGUUAGUGCACUGUUGCGUAUUGGCAUGAGUACAACAUUCCUUUAUGCAAAAUCACUCUAUGCAAUAACGUUGGUCGGCUGUUAUUUGAGAAUAUAUGGUUUAUAUUCUCAUCAUCCGCGUUUAGGUCCUAAAUUAGUUAUGAUACGUAGUAUGUUGGUUGAGUUGUUAAUGUUCAUAUUCAUCUUGGUCAUUGUUCUUGUCGGUUAUGGUGUAUCUCAACAAGUCUUACUCUAUCCAUAUCGUGCCAAUUUCACAUGGACAGCUGUACGUGAUGUAUUUGCUUAUCCUUAUUGGAAUUUAUUUGGUGAACUUACACUGGAGUAUGCUUUCGCUGAAAAAGAUGGGUGCACAAAUGAUGCUGCAAAUAAGGAAGAUUGUCCAACAUUCAACUUUUUAAGUCCACUAUUUUUGGCUAUCUAUCUAAUGCUUGCUGCAAUUUUAUUGAUGAAUCUACUGAUUGCAAUUUUCAGUAAUGUUUUCGAGAAAAUUGAAGAGAACUCAAUUGAACUGUGGAAGUUUAACAUACUGUCAUUGGUGUUAGAAAAUAGUAACCGACCCAUUCUUCCUGUGCCUUUCUCGGCUAUUACAGCUAUUAUUGAGUUUAUACUUUACUGUCUUCAUGUUAAACCAAUUGUUUCAAAAAUUAGACGUAUUUUAAACAGGACCACUGAGACCAAUAAUGCGAGACCACGUAGUAUCAAUGGAAAAAUAAUAGCUGAUCAAGAUGUAGCAGCAAAUUUACUAACUUCUGAAGAAAAAUGUACAGCUGAGUGUUAUAGAACAUGUAGAUUAGUACCUGAUUAUUUAACAUUCACUCCAAAAAAGAGGCAUGAUACGCAUUCUUUUAAAAACCAAUUUGAAUGGUUUAAUGCUAAAAAGUUAGAAAAUUACUGUCGACAAAAGUUACUUAGAGAAAAUCAAUGAAACAAGAUGCUCAGACGUUCAAAGAAGAGUGACAAUAUUAAAGAUAACAACAUAUGUUCAAUACCAGUUACACAAGAACCAAUUCAAUGCAAACUACAAGUUUUAUCAUCAAAGUAAUCAUUUUUAUUAAUCCUAGAAUAAUCAGUAGCUUUUUAUAAGUUAUAACUUGUGACACACAAUCUAAAAAUGGUAUUCCCUUUCAUAUUCAACUUUGAUUAUUUUUACGUCUCAAGAUAACUUUAUUUUGCGCAAUGUAUUUUCAUACAUUUUUCGCUUUAAUUUAAUUCUUUCUUUUAAUGUAGUGACUUCCUUCAAACAUUAUGGUUGAUGUUUAUUACCAGGCUCACUUCUCCCACCUAAUUUAUUUAGGGUGGAAGAAAGAAAUUGGAAAUGAAAAAUGAUUGGCUGG